AUGUUCAAGAAGAAACCAACGGUAAAACCGGCAGCUCCAAUCCGGUCUUCAGACCGCCGAAAGCUAGUCACCGGCAUAAUCACCGAUUUCAACAUCCCACUCCCCUCCACAGCAUCUACGACCAACACAGCCGCUGCAGAACCUACUCCCGAAGAACCCACCGCUGGUUCGUCUACAAAUAAUACUAUCGAUCCGGCAGUGACUGCCCUUCGAAACGCUCUUCUCCCAGAAUCUACUGUCGCUGCCAAAUUUACUACAACGCUUGGGCCGCAGUUAUCGCCCGUCAACGGUAUAAUCUACUCGGGAGUACACCAUGAUUCUACUAUUCUCACAGACGGAAAGACAAGGCCGCUGUGGGUUAAAAGCGACGAAGGAUGGUUUCCGAGCGUGUAUACCUGUUGGGAAGCGGCCAAAUAUGAGGUUUUACCAGUGGUGUAUACACAUGAUGCCGUGAUGGAGAAGGUCUACGGAGGAGCUGAUUUGAUGAUGCCUGGUGUUUUUGGAGUAAGAAGACCGGGGGGCGACGGCGGGGUGAAGGCUGGCGAGAUUGUAGGGGUAGCGGAUUAUAAAAAAGAGAAUGUGGUACUUGCUGUUGGAGUUGCAGAGACCGAUAUUGAGAGUGGUGGUGGAAGAGGAGGUAAGGGAAAGGCAGUGAGAGUUUUGCAUUGGGUUGGGGAUGAGCUUUGGGGGCUUGGUGGGAGUGGAGUAAAUCCUCCGGAGAUCUUAGAGGUUGCCACUACUACUGCAGCUGAUGUAGCUGGGGAAGUGGAAGGGCAGGAUGGAGGAGUUUCGCUAGAGGGGCUCAGCAUCGGGGAGGAAGUGGUUGGAGAGAGUUCCAAGUCUGCUGAGAAGAGGGUGGAGAAGGAAGAAAGUGAUGAUGAACCUGCAUUUCCGGAUAUGACGACGAAUGAAAUCGACAGUGCCUUCCGCGAUGCCCUGAUUUAUUCGCUCCAUGCGAUUUUGAACUCCCCAGAACGAGUCUCGAAUGCUCACCACUCUCUGAACUUUCCACUCCCAUCGUCUUACGUUCUCGCAAAUCUCAUAAUUCCAAAACUUCCGAACACCCAAAACCCAAACUACUCAAUCCAAAAGACCAGCUGGAAGAAAAUCCAAAAGAUGUUGAAACAAAUGGAUAAAGAGGACCUUUUGAAAAUUAAGGAACGGGGUGGCGAUGUCUUCGUCUACGCCGUCAAUUGGGAUUCUCCCCGACUUGCCAAUUUUACACCUUACCCGAUUGUUACCCCAAAGCCAAAGAAGAAACCAGUCGACGAGUCUGCUGCGGGCCCUUCCUCCAGUUCUUCGUCGGGCUCAUCAACGGCGAUCAAGGUUGUAGAGCUCUAUAAACCACCUGCGAAGCUAAACAUCCUCUACGAAGCAGCCGGUGUUUCCAGCAAGGCAUUCUAUACAUCCUCGCAAGUUAGGGAUACCCUCUACAAAUACUUUACUUCUCCUACCCCCUCCGAUCCAUCGGAGACGCUAGUAUCAUCAACAAACGCACGAAUGGUAACGCUAAAUCCAUUGCUCUCCAAUCUACUCCUUGACGAUACCAAAGAUGCGAGAUUAUUACAUUCCGGCAGUGCAACACGGGAUCUACUCGCAGAGAGAUUUCUACGUCUUCACCAACAGUAUUAUACGAUAAUCUCCCCUUCAGGCGAGGAAUCAAAACCGAAAUCAGGCCAGCCACCUAAAAUCACUAUUACCCUUGAAAGUAGACAGGGUAAGAAAGUGGUAACUAGGAUAAAGGGGUUGGAGGUGUUUGGUGUUGAUGUAGGGAAGUUUAUGGACGAGUUGAAGAGUGUAGCGGCCAGCAGCGUUACGAAGGGGCCCAUCGAAGGUGGCGGGAAGGCGGCAGAGGGGUUAGUGGAAGUUAUGGUGCAGGGCGAUAAGAGUGCCGAAGUUGAUAAGUUACUCGUCAAGGCUGGGAUUAGGAAGGCGGAUGUUGUCGUUGAUAAUAAAUUGAAGAAGAAGAAGUGA